GCGCUCAGAAACGACCAAGGAAAUCCCCAAAGCAGGAGUUACGACAUUUCUUAGCUGUCUGUGUAAAUCAGCCUACUUCCGGCUUACGGCAUUGAAAACAAGCGCUGUUUCACCUAACGCUCUUCUCUCUCUUCAGGACUAACGUUAAAUUGGUAGUUUGUUUAAAGCGAUCUCUCCGCGCUGUUACAGUUCAGCUCGUUCAGGACACAGAAAAGAUUUAUGAAGAGAUCGUGUGAGUUUGAGCAGCUCGACUCGGCCGCUGUCAUGUACGGAAGUGCAGGUCUGCCCGAGCUCAUCCCGCCCGCAUGCGCACUGCGACCCAGCGCCGUCCUGCCGUACAGCGCGGACAGACCCGGAGCCGCGGACAGACACGGGCCACAGCUGGGCUCUAACCCACGCAGGAUGCACAGACCCCCCAAACUCGGACAGAUCGGUCGCUCCAAAAGAGUGGAUCUUGAUGAUGAAGACCUGGAUGACAUCAUGAACAACAACAGGAGCUUCCCUCUUUCCAUCAGUGUCUCACCUGUCGCUUAAAGCAUGCUGGACUGUGCUAAAGUUGUGUUGUGGCCAACAUCGUUAUUCAAGUUCUGAAGCGUUACAAAAUGCACAUAAUUACUAUCAAGCGAAAUCACUUAAACACAAGUGCACACACAAUAUUCUCUCUCCCUCUCUCUCUCUCUCUCUCUCUCUCUCUCUGUAUUUAGCUCUCUUUUAUCUCAGGAUUGCUGACUGUUCAGUGCUCUGCUGUGACCAUUGCUUGUUCAGCACUUGUAACUUUAAUCUUGUGGCUGUGACAUUGACUGUGUUGUUGUUACCUCUCUGUUCACACUGCAUUUUGAUACUGAGAAAAUUAUUUCUAAAGGCACAGGGCUAUAUUCAUUAAAAAAAAAGCACUUUACUGAGCAGACAAACCCGAAAGGGUGGUUUGCUCCGCUCUCAUAAACAUGUUCUGUGAAAAUCUGUUAACCUGUAACACACUGUUCAGCUUAGGAUUCACAGUUACCUUGGAAACUGAAGUCUUUUAGCAUGUUUCUGCUCCCCGGAUAUUUAAAGUGUAUUUGCAGGGGGUGCUUUUUCACUUUUUUGGGCUGAAUAAAUUAUUCUUUAAAAUUGUCUACUAUAAUGGUAAUGCUAAGUUGUGGUUUGUGGAUUAUAAUUGACUAGCAUGAAAUUGCUUGUUAAUUUUACCUUUUGUAUUUGCAAAUUGCAUUUUUGAAAAAUAAAGUAUGCAUGAUUAUCA